CAAGACUGCGGGCACCGAGUCGUCUGGCAAGACUCGCGGGCACCGAGUCGUCUGCUGCAAGACUGCGGGCCAUCGAGUCAACUGGCGGAAUCAGCGGGCACCGAGUCGUCUGGCAAGACUGCGGGCACCGAGUCUGUUGGCAAGACUGCGGGCACCGAGUCGUCUGGCAAGACUGCGGGCACCGAGUCGUCUGGCAAGACUGCGGGCACCGAGUCAUUUGGCUUGAACAGCGGGCACCGCGUCAAUCUGGCAAGGCUAUUGGGCACCGGGUCACCAGGUUAUGACAGCGGGCUCUGAGUCAAUUGGCACAACAGCGGGCACUGGGUC